AUGAAGGUGUUCCCUACUGUCGACCUCAUUAUCUGCAAUGCCACCAUCGCCACUGCCUCAGAUGUGCUUCUAAACCAGGAUAUCGCCGUCUCUCAGGGCAAAAUCGUCCUCCUGGGACAGCAUCUCACUUCCCUCUUCUCUGCGGCACAGGUGAUCGAUGCCGAGGGCGCCUACGUGACCCCAGGAGGUGUCGACUCCCACGCCCACCUCGAUCAGGAUAACAGUGUGACGGGAGACACGUUCGAGACGGGCACCCGGUCAGCAGUUGCCGGAGGCACGACGACGGUCUUCGCCUUUGCCACCCAGAAGCGGUCCGACGAGAGCGUGAUUCCGGUUGUGGAAGACUAUCACCGUCGCGCGACGGGCAACGCCUACUGCGACUACGGCUUCCAUUUGAUUCUGACGAAUCCCACUAACAAAAUCGUCGAUGAGGAACUGCCGACGCUGGUCACGGAUGGCGGCAUCACUUCUGUCAAGCUGUACAUGACGUACGAGCCGCUCAAACUCGGCGACCGCGAGAUCCUCGACGUGAUGGAAUGCACCCGGCGACUGGGGAUGACGACCAUGGUCCACGCCGAAAACUCGGAGAUGAUCAACUGGAUCACCGAGAAGCUCGAGGCCAGGAAGAUGACGGAGCCGUACUAUCACGCCGUCUCGCGGCCCAAGAUCGCCGAAGACGAGGCGACGUACCGCGUCAUCUCGCUGUCCGAAUUGAUCGAUAUCCCGAUCCUGAUCGUGCAUAUGUCUUCUCGAGUGGCCGUCUCGCAUGUUCGUAAAGCGCAGACGCGACUCCUGCCCAUCCACGCCGAGACUUGUCCACACUAUCUCUUCCUAACAAGCGAGAGGCUCAAGGGGGAAAUUUUUGAGGGAGCAAAAUGUGUCUGCUCGCCGCCACUGCGAGAAGAUCCGAUGGAACUGGAAGAGAUGUGGAAGGGACUGAGCAAUGGGACGUUUACAACGUUCUCCAGCGAUCAUGCACCGUCGAAAUUCGACCAUCCCCAGGGCAAAAAAGCCGGUUUGGUCGACGGGACCAUGUCGUUCAAGAAGAUCCCCAACGGUCUCCCCGGUGUGGAAACGCGCAUGGCAACGCUCUUUUGCGGAGGCGUGUUGACCGGACGCAUCUCGAUUCAGCGGUUCGUCGAGCUGACGAGCUCCAAUCCGGCGAAGCUAUACGGCCUGGGAGACAGAAAAGGCACCAUUGCGCCGGGCUACGACGCCGAUUUUGCAUCUGGUAUCCGACGGAGGAACAAGCCAAGCAGCGCGGUUCUCAGAAGACGAUGGCUCCGUUCACCCUCACCAACGCGAUGCUGCAUCAUGACAUCGACUACACGCCCUUCGAAGGCAUGGAGUUCCAGAACUGGCCGCGCUACACCAUCCUGCGGGGGAAGGUCGUCUGGGACAGGGACAAUGGAGGCCUGCUGGGCAAGAUGGGCGAUGGAGUCUUCCUGA